AUGGCUUAUCAUUAUGUUGUUACUGCUCAAAAGCCAACCGCGGUCACAGCAUGCAUAACAGGAAACUUUACAUCACCCACGGAUCUAAAUUUGCUGGUAGCAAAGGUAUCUCGUUUAGAAAUGUACCUUGUGACUCCAGAAGGACUCCGACCUAUGAAAGAAGUUGGUUUAUAUGGCAGAGUGGCUAAGAUGAAAUUAUUUAGACCUCCAUAUGAAAACAAAGAUUUAGUAUUCAUUUUAACUGCCAGAUAUAAUGCAAUGAUAUUAGAAUGGAGGACAGGUAGUAACGGUGAAUUGGAAGUGGUUACCAGAGCACAUGGCAAUAUUUCUGAUAGAAUCGGAAAGCCUUCAGAGAAUGGCAUCCUUGCUGUGAUUGAUCCACAAGCUCGAGUGAUUGGUUUGAGGCUAUAUGAUGGAUUAUUUAAAAUUAUACCUUUAGAUAAGGAUUCUACAGAGCUAAAAGCUGCUAGUUUAAGAUUGGAAGAAUUAAAUGUAUAUGAUUUAGAAUUCUUAUAUGGCUGUUCUAAUCCUACUUUAAUUUUAAUUCAUCAAGAUUGUAAUGGAAGGCAUAUAAAGACACAUGAAAUAAAUUUAAGGGAUAAGGAAUUUACGAAAGUGCCAUGGAAGCAAGACAAUGUUGAAACAGAGGCUUCAAUACUAAUUCCUGUGCCCAGUCCAUUAGGUGGUGCUAUUGUAAUAGGACAAGAAUCAAUAGUGUAUCAUGAUGGACAAAGCUAUGUGGCAGUUGCACCCCCACAGAUAAAGUUAACACCAAUAAAUUGUUACUGUCGAGUGGAUACACGUGGUCUGAUGUACUUGUUGGGGGACAUCGCAGGACGGCUAUUCAUGUUGCUCCUGGAGUUGCAGGAGAAGAUGGACGGCACUCAGGCUGUCAAGGAUCUGAAAGUGGAAUUGUUGGGCGACAUCCCGAUCCCGGAGUGCAUGACGUACCUGGACAACGGCGUGGUGUUCGUGGGCUCGCGGUUGGGCGACUCGGCGCUGGUGCGGCUGUCGGCGGCGCGCGACGACGCCGCGCAGUACGUGCUGCCCAUGGAGAGCUUCACCAGCCUCGCGCCCAUCGUGGACAUGUGCGUCGUGGACCUCGAGCGGCAGGGGCAGAACCAGCUGAUCACUUGCUCCGGCGCAUUCAAAAUGGGUUCGUUGCGUAUAAUCCGCAACGGUAUCGGCAUCCAGGAGCAGGCGUCCAUCGACCUGCCCGGCAUCAAGGGCAUGUGGGCGCUCACCCUCGCGCGUGACUCCACGCACCACGACACGCUCGUGCUCGCCUUCGUGGGGCAGACCAGAGUAUUAACUUUAAACGGAGAGGAAGUAGAAGAGACUGAAAUAAAAGGCUUCGUUUCCGAUCGCCAGACAUUCUUUACUGGCAACGUUUGCCACGAUCAACUCAUACAAGUGACGGACGAGGGUAUAAGGCUGGUGGCACGCGUGGCGGACGAGGCGGGGUCGGCGUGGGCGCUGGCGGCGCAGUGGGCGGUGGGCGGCGCGCGCGGCGUGUCCGUCGUGGCGUGCUCCGACACGCGCGCCGUGGCCGCCGCCGGCCCGCGCAUAUACCUCGUGGCGAUCGGGGAUAGGGAGCUUACGUUGUUGUCGUCGGUGUGCAUGGAGGAGGAGGUGGCGUGCCUGGACCUGGGCCCGGGCGGCGACGCGGCGCUGCUGGGCGUGGGCCUGUGGACGGACAUCAGCGUGCGAGUGCUGCGGCUGCCCGACCUCACUGCGCUGCACACAGAGCGGCUGUCCGGCGAAAUCAUCCCCCGUUCUCUGUUGAUCUGCGUGUUGGAGGGUGUGUGCUACUUACUGUGCGCCCUCGGGGAUGGCUCCAUGUUCUACUUCACCGUGGACCAGGAAACUGGCGUUCUCACCAACAAAAAGAAAGUCACCCUCGGUACACAGCCCACCGUCCUUAGGAGUUUUAGGUCGCUGUCAACGACGAACAUCUUCGCGUGCUCGGACCGGCCCACCGUGAUCUUCUCGUCCAACCACAAACUGGUGUUCUCCAACGUGAACCUCAAGGAGGUUACGCAUAUGUGCUCGCUGAACGCGCUCGCGUACCCCGACAGCCUGGCGCUGGCGACGGACAGCACGGUGACCAUCGGCACCAUAGACGAGAUCCAGAAGCUGCACAUCCGCACCGUGCCGCUGGGCGAGACGCCGCGACGCAUCGCCUACCAGGAGGCCUCGCAGACAUUCGGCGUGAUUACAAUGCGCGUGGACAAGCUGGAGUGGUCGCUGGGCGCGGGCGGCGGCGCGGGCGCGGGCGGCGCCGUGGCCGUGCGCAGCAGCGCGUCCACCGCCGCGCCCGCCAGCAGCGCCGCGCCGCCGCCCGCGCCCAAGCACGCGCCGCCGCACGCCGACGUCGAGGUGCACAACCUGCUCAUCAUAGAUCAGCACACCUUCGAAGUGCUGCACGCGCACCAGCUGCUGAACACGGAGUUCGCGAUGUCGCUGGUGUCGUGCCGGCUGGCGGACGACCCCAACCACUACUACGCCGUGGGCACCGCGCUGCUCAACCCGGAGGAGUCCGAGCCCAAGCAGGGCAGGAUCCUCAUUUUCCACUGGCACGAGGGCAAGCUGACGCUGGUGGCCGAGAAAGAGAUACGAGGCGGGUGCUUCUCUCUCGUGGAAUUCAACGGCAAGCUGCUCGCUUCCAUCAACAGUACAGUGAGACUGUUCGAGUGGACGUCAGAGAAGGAGCUGCGGCUGGAAUGCAGCCAUUUCAACAACAUCGUGGCCCUCUACCUCAAGGUGAAGGGCGACUUCAUCAUAGUCGGGGACCUCAUGCGCUCCAUGUCCCUGCUGCAAUAUAAACAGAUGGAAGGUAGUUUCGAAGAAAUCGCACGAGACUACAGUCCCAACUGGAUGACAGCGCUCGAGAUACUAGACGACGAUACGUUCCUUGGGGCAGAGAACAGCUUCAAUCUCUUUGUGUGCCAGAAAGACAGCGCGGCGACUACGGACGAGGAGCGGCAGCAGAUGGGGUACAUGGGGCAGUUCCACCUCGGCGACAUGGUCAACGUGAUGCGGCGCGGCACGCUCGUGUCGCAGCUGGCCGACACCGCCGCGCCCGUCGCGCGCCCCGUGCUGCUCGCCACCGUCACCGGCGCCAUCUGUCUCGUAGUACAACUACCACAGGAGCUGUUCGAGUUCCUCCAACAGCUGGAGGCGCGACUCUGCGAGACGAUCAAGUCCGUGGGCAAGAUCCCGCACGCGUUCUGGCGCUCCUUCAACACGGACAUCAAGACGGAGCCCGCGGAGGGCUUCAUCGAUGGCGACCUCGUCGAGAGUUUUCUCGACCUCUCCAGAGACAAGCAGCAGGAGACCGUGCACAAGUUGCAGAUCGACGACGGCGGCGGCAUGAUGCGCGACGCGACAGUCGACGACAUCAUCAAGAUAGUGGAGGACCUCACGAGGAUACAC